UAGUAGCAGUCGCACUUCUGUUUUGGGAGCCAGGACCAGGACUCCUGAUUCCUUCCUUGUUCCUCGCCCUCACACCGUAACUACUAGCCCGCGCACCCGGCCGGCCAUUGACCGGAUCCUUCCUUCAUUCUCCUCUCCUUGGAGAGGGAUACGGAGGCGCCAUGACCGGAGCGGAGGAGCAGGGUAGGACGCUCUUCGGCGUCUCCCUCACGGACCGCCCCAGGUGGCAGCAGUUCUUCAUCUGCGCCUCGGGCUUCUUCUUCGGCUACCUCGUCAAUGGCGUCUGCGAGAGCAUAAUUCGAAGCAAAUACCCAUUCCAAGAGUAUGUAUCAGCCGUGAUGCUUGUUGUCGGCCUCAUACUCUUCACGCUCGCGGAUGCGCAAACAUCGCCUAAUUUUAGCAUGGUUGGCGUGGCCAUGGUGUCUGGGGCGCUUGUCAUGGAUGCCUUCCUUGGCAAUCUGCAAGAAGCAAUCUUCAAGAUGAAUCCGGACACGACCCAGAUGGAGAUGCUUUUCUGCUCCACUGUUGUUGGCCUUCCAUUCCUAGCGCUGCCAAUGGUGUUAACUGGGGAGCUCAUGACGGCAUGGACUUCAUGUUCCCAGCACCUGUACGUGUACGCAGUGCUGGUGUUCGAGGCGAUGGCUACGUUCGUCGGCCAGGUCUCCGUCCUCUCCCUCAUCGUACUUUUCGGCGCCGCAACCACCGCCAUGGUGACGCUGGCGAGGAAGGCGGUGACGCUGCUGCUGUCCUACCUGAUCUUCACCAAGCCCCUGACGGAGCAGCACGUCACGGGGCUCCUCCUGAUAACCAUGGGCAUCGUGCUCAAGCUCGUGCCGGAGAACAAAGAAGGCGGUCCGCGCCGGCAGGCGAAGAAGGUGGAGCGCUCUUAUGGCGACGACAAGAAGCGGGUGAUCAGAGAAUUAGAGGAGGAAGAAACGGCCUUGGCAUAGUACGAGUGUGCGAUACUGACCCAAGCAAAUUAAACAAGGCCGGCUCGAUGAACAACAAUGCCAAAAGAAAGCCAGCCAAGAAUGAUAUAGUAGGAUACAAAAAGGAGAACAGGAAUCGAUAGUCUCUUUCUCCGUCUCGCUUUUCUCGCGUAUGUGCAAAUACAGACUACUUCUUUUGCCCUUAAAAAUCAGCUUAUUUUGUACGGAUAAGACUGAACAGACGCGAUUUCUCGUAUUGCGCAUGUAAAACAUCAACGCUGAGCUUGUUGUAGAAUUGAUGCAGUGGCUGGCAUCUUCCAUCUUCU